UCCAAAUCAUCUCCGACUGCACAUUUAUAUUAAGAAGGCACAAAACGGUCAAACCCAGAGUGAAGAUUUUGCUUAUAUUAUAAAUACUGCUCGAGGAUAAGCGCUCGUUAGCCGCGCGGGUCAUCAGUACCCACAACAUCUACCCGCGAUCACCAGUGGUUCGGGGACCACCAUGUCUUCGGAGUACAUAACUGACCAGAUUGUUAAGAGCUGGGAGACGGGGGGUAGCUCGCAGCUUCUUCAAACUGCCCGUUCUCUCAUCAUAUCGAAUAAAAAUACGCCAGGCGACAUAUCCUCCGUCCGGGCAUUUGUUCUUGAGCUGUUCUACGCCGGUCUCAAUGGCGUCCUCGCUCUGGGCUCCAUUGCGACGUUUUUCUUGAACUUGUAUGUGGAUACAACGAAGAAAACCAAGUCCGUGGAAGCAGAAAUCGCAUCCGGAUAUGUCGGGCCGGAGUCAUUGGAUGACCCCUUAUUAAUUCCUUCGAUUUUGGUCGACGUCAUGUGGCUUCUGGAUCAGGAGAGUGACCCGAAAGUAGUGGAAGGUGCGCAGACGGAAAGAGCUCGGCUGGUAGCUGUGGCGAAGGACUUGCUGGCCAAGAACUUCAUACCCGAGGUUAUAAUGAGGGAAAGACUGGAAUUGGAUUUUCAGCAAGCGAUUGGCUUGAUUCAUGAUGCGCGGGGAAUAGGGAAGAAGGAAGUGCGGGUGCGAACAUUCAUGUUAUAUGCGCAAACAAAGUACAAUCUUCUUCGCGAGGAGUCAGAAGGGUAUUCUAAGCUUGUUACCGAGCUGUUUGGAAGCCUACCGCCUCUGUUCGAUGCCCACGCUUCACAUCAUGGUGCAUCUCGACUGACGAAGGAAGAAGCUGUCAAACGUCGUGCGGACGUGGUGGAUGAACGAGCGCGAAGGACCAUGGGAAACAUUGCCAGCUUAAUCGGAUACUUUGAUAUUGAUCCAAACAGGGUUUUGGAUCUUAUUCUUGAUCUUUUUACGGCGAAUAUUGCGGACCAAUGGGAUUUCUUUGUGCGCUUGUUGGAACUGAGUCCAUGGCGAUCAAGGGGCGAUCAAAUACGAGAAGCUAGAGCAGUUUGCGGCCAGAUUCUUGGGUUCAAGUUUGAUUGGUACAAUGGACGCAGCAACACACGGACCGUUCCAGAAAAUCUUAUCUUUGUCGCAGCUAUCAUGGUCAAGCAUGGAUUGGUGGCUUUGGGAGAUCUCUACCCACAUUUAAGUCCGUCGGAUGAGGAAGUGCACAAGUUGUACAAGGAUUACGUUGACGACCUAAAGAAUAAGGAGAAGACCGCAGGAAGAUUCCAGGCCCAGGGACUGGUCGGGACUCUCGGCGACGAAGGAAAGGCUUCGACCGCCACUAUCACGCAAGUAAAGGAGAACAAGCCAGAGGUCAAGAAAUCGAACAAGGUUAACCAGAAAGCGGAGCUCGCUGCUGCUCUGCUCGCGAUUGGAAACGUGAAGAACGCAUUUACCAUACUUGAGCGGUUACCACGGCUGUCUGACCUGCAUCCGGAGAUUGUUGAGAAUCUCUGUAGAUGGAUGCGGGAAUUGAUUAGUCCAUGGGAUGUUAAGCCAUUGGUUGGCGCCGCGCGUGGACCGCAACCUAAACCAGAAGAUUUCCGAGUGCCCCUCAACACGAUAUCGGUGAGACUGGCACCAUACGGUGAGAAAGUAUUUGUUGGAAGGAAUAAGCAUCCCGCGCGGUAUAGAUUCUUCUACGAAAAUUGGCGAUCGGAGAUACCAACCAUCCGAAAUGUGUUCGAGUUCAUCCAAAGGAUCCGAAUGUAUUUGGUGCACAUCGGCCCGCAUCUGUACAGAGAUCCGAUCCUUGUAGGCCAGCUGAUUCGCAUUGGUGCACUGCACGUUUCAGAGGCUCACAAGCGAAUGGAAGGGAAGCCAGAUCUUGUUAUGGUCCCGCAUCCAACAGAAAAUGAUCCUUUUGAGGGAGUUCCAUAUGACAAGAUCAUAAACGGAUGGCUAAACGUAGUCGCAAAUUACCUGCUACCUGCUGUAUCUCGCGCCGAUCCAAAUCCCGCGAAUAGUCAAGGGUUGUGGAAGAUUGUGAAAGAAUUCCCGUAUCAGAAACGGUAUGCACUCUAUGGAGAAUGGAAGAAUCGUUUGUACAGUGAAAUCCCGGAAAUGAAGCUCGCCAGGGCAGGGUGCGAGCGCGAUUGUAGAUAUAUUAUGACACGAUUGUCGAAGGACUCUGGAAAACAGUCUGGUCGUCAAAUUGGCAAAGUUGUGCAUUCAAAUCCCGUCGUUGCAUUUUCUUAUAUCAUUAAACAAUUGGAGAGCUAUGACAAUAUGAUUCCGCAUGUUGUCGAUGCCUCACGGUACCUCACCGAGUUUGAAUUCGAUAUUCUCCCGUACUGUCUUAUUGAAGCGCUGUGCGAGCCGAAGACGCGGGUUGAGGCCAAUGGGCUCUCAAUUGCCCCAUGGCUGAAGUCUCUCGCCGCAUUUACCGGGCAGGUUUUCAAGAAGCAUGGAAUGGAGCUCGCACCACUCCUUCGAUACUUGAUUAAUCAGCUCUGUGUUGGCAGUGUGCAUGAUCUGAUCGUUCUGCAAGAGUUGAUUGGUUAUAUGAGUGGAAUCAAACUGAUGGAGGAAGCUACCGAAAAUCAGUUGGAUGCCUUAGCGGGUGGAGAGACGUUGAAGCGGGAGGCUUUCUUCUGGGAAAACAUUCGUACGACUCGGAGAUCCGGACUGAGGCUAAUGAAAGCGCUGCUGGAAACUGGCUUCGCCCGCCAAAUGAGUAUAUUAAUUAGCCAGCGUAAGCAGGAGAUUGUCUAUGCUGGCAUGGGAACCGAGGAUGACAACAUGGAUCUAAAGAUUCUGGCAUGGUUAAACGACUAUUGCCAACGGACACUGCUUCAAUACCUUGAAUUCUUGUCUGUAACGGCACCGCCAGAAAUCUUCGCUGAUGUUACACCCUCGGUCGAGGAUCUCGUGGAGAUCUACGGAUUAGACCCCGAGCAGGCUUUCUUGAUAGCUAGGCCGAAGUUGGUGAACUCUGUCAAGCAGAAACAGCUCACCAAUGGUAGUAGCAAAAGCGAGCAAAGUAAUAUCAUGGAUAUUGAUGACAAGGCUAAAGAAAGUAUCCCUGACACUAUGGAGGUUGACGGACCCAACCAUGAUGCUCCAGCUCAUGGUGAUGCCGCCAGCGUGGAACAUCCUGGCCUCGCCGAUCCAGCAACGAAUGCAGUAUGGCAACCUGGCCUUUAUGAGACCAUUCGAGCUUCAGUCAAUAUCCUUCCACCGCACGCAUGGCGUGGGAUUAGUCCUGCGUUUUAUGCGACUUUCUGGCAGCUGAGCCUGUACGACAUUGUGUUGCCAAAGCAAAGAUAUCAUGGAGAGAUUGCGAAUCAGAAGAAGAAUAUCCGACAAAUGGAAACAGAAAUUGUGCAACUCGAGCGAGAACGAGAUAACGUUGAUGACGGGCUGCGGAAAGCGAACGACGAGAUCAGGAAGAAGAGGAAAGAAAUAGAUAGAGCAAGUCUAGUGAUCAAGGCUCUCGACGGCGAAUGGAGGAUGCAUGAAGAGCAUUACAAGCGCAUCAUGGAAAGAGUCAAAGCGGAGAGUCCAUUCUGGUUCCAUUCAAGCGUAGGUCGUAACGAGAUAAUCAACACGAUGAUACAGUACUGCUUGCAGCCGCGUUGCGUGCAGUCACCAGCAGAUGCAAUGUAUUGCGCAAAGUUUAUAAUGAUGAUGCAUUUGUUGGGGACACCGAAUAUUCCAACUGCGUCGCUUUACGACAGGAUGUGCAGCAGGGAUAUCAUUCACGCGUGCAUCUUUGCCGGUACUGAGGAUGAGGCAAAAAACUACGGACUGUUCUUGGCGGUUAUUUUCCGCACACUAUCCACCUGGCACAAAAAUCCUGAUCUCUUCAAGAAGGAAGCAAUCGGAGAAGGCCUUCCAGGUUUUCUGAAGAAGUGGCCUACUGGGGUGAUCACUGGGAAUAUGGAUCUCAGCAAUGCAGAUUUCAUCGAGUACGAAGAAUUCCGUCAAGCGCUACGAAAAUGGCAUUUGAAAUUAUGUAAGGCGAUCUUGGCUUGUCUGCAGAGUGGAGAGUAUAUGCAGAUUCGAAACGCCAUUCUCGUUCUGGAUCGCGUCAAUGAAUAUUUUCCAGCGACCAAGCAAAUGGGGAACACCAUCAAGAUCGCUGUACAGGAGCUGGAGAGAACGGAGCAAAGGGGCGAUCUAAAACAGCUUGCCCGCAGUUACGGAACAAAAUUGCAGUUGCGAGAGGGACAUUGGCUGGACAAUCGCGAGUUCUGUCGAGUCGUUGAACGCAAAGGAAGUGGUAUGGUUGACGGUAUGGGGACCCCCGGUUCAGAGAGUGUCCCUGCCUCUCGGCGAGAGAGCGAGAUUUUGAAACCGGAAGAAGGACAAUUGAAAGAAGAACCCGGUGCAACCGAUGGGGAAAGGAACAAAGAUGAGGCUAAAAAGCAGAUGGAUGACCGAAGGCCACGGGAGUCGAUGAAAGAACCCUCUGGGACUAGCACGUCAGCUCCUCAUACCCCGACCCAAAGGAAAGAGGAGAGAGAAGGUGGCGCGAAGGAUCGGGAUCGAAGAAAGAACGAUGAAAGCGUAUCUGGUACAGUCACCGCCAAUUCAGCAGAGAGAGGGGAAAGGGAGCGUGGGGAAAUAUCGCAUAGGGAGCAUGGCCAGAGUUACAGCCAUGAAAAGCCUCGAUUUAAUGAGAGAGAUAAAGAGAAUCAACGACGAAAGGAAGGAGCCGGGUCGGUUGGCAUUAGUGGGACGUCCGCUACCAAGGAAAAGGAGAAAGAUAGAAAACCCGCGCGGGAGCGUGAGAAGGGACAAAAAGAUACAGAAAAGGACAAGGAGAAGGAAAAAGAAAAGGACAAAGAGAAACGGGGGGAUAGGGCCAAGGAUCGAGACCGAGAUAGGAAGAGAAAAGAAAGGGAAACGGAAAGCAUGACUGAGGAUCGAAAGGAUCGGAAACGCGAUCGUGAAAAGGACGAACGAGAGAGCAAGCGGAGCAGGAGAGAUGAUGUGGGAUCCUCCGCCGCCUCGGAGAAGCCUGCCAGCGAGAACGGACCUGCGGGAAAUGGCGCAGUUGGACGAAAAAGACGUGCUGAAGAGGAUCCAUCCCCAGCCCCAGGCGGGAUUGAUUCAUAUCGUCCGGCAUCAGCAUCCGCUAAUGGCAGCACAAAGCGGUUACGGGGAACUUCACGGGACAGGGAACGGGAAGAUAGGGAUCGAAGGAGGAGGGGCCGCUAGAUUGGGUUUAAUAUAUUGGCUUUUUAUUGUAUUGUAUUGUAUUUGUAAAUUUUGAAUUGAACAGCAAAGAUGAGCGAUACGUCAU